GAAUCCCCCGUUGUAACCAACAGCAACGUGUUGUUCAUUUUGGUCGCUAGGUGACUCAAAGUCGAAUAUUUAUCAUAAUUUUUCGAAAGAGACGACAAUAUUCUACGCAACAGGUUCAUUCUAGAAAAAUGUCGCAAGAUAGUUGUUUAUCGAAAUAUAGAUAGUUUUAAUCGCAAAAUCUUUAAAAUGUCGAGCAACCAAAAUAAUUCAUUUCAUAGACAGGUAGACCUAAGAAGGGUUGAUUUAACAAAUGGAGUUGAAACUUCACAAGAUCACUCAAGUUCAAUCAGUUCUUCGGCUCAAAAUGUGGAAACAAAGUUUAGCCUUGAUGACUUAAAAGCCAUGUUUAAAUCAGCUAUUGAUGCUGAAGUUGUGGAAAUGAUUUGGCAAGAUAGCAAUGAGAAUAGUGAUAUUGCUUUGACGUUUUUAACUGAAAUGAGCCCUAGAUUACCAGUUUCACCACCGAUUACAACAACAGCGAAAGCCAACAGCUGGUCCAUUGUACUUGGGAAAGAUGACUCUAAACCAUUUACAGUGAAUCUAGGAGCCAAACCUAAAACCAUCGUGAAAGAAAAACACUGGAUGAUGGAUUUGAUUGAAACCAGAAUUAAAAGACAAGAGAAACUUUUAAUCAUCAUGCGUGGUGUACCGGGAUCAGGCAAAAGUUAUCUUGCACACCAGAUAAAAGGAGAUGGAGUGGUUUUUAGUGCUGAUGAUUACUUCAUCAACUAUCAAGGUCAGUACCUUUUUGAUCGCAAUCAGCUGGGAGAUGCUCAUGAGUGGAACCAAAAAAGGGCAAAUGAAGCACUGAAAUCUGGAACAAAUCCUGUUGUGAUUGACAACACAAAUUUGGAAGCAUGGGAAAUGCAACCAUACAUCUUCAUGGCUCUGAGAUAUAAUUACUUAGUCGAGUUGGUUGAACCGAAUACUCCAUGGAAAGAUGAUGCUCGUGUACUGUCUCAAAAAAAUAUUCAUCGCGUACCACGUGAAAAAAUAAGAGAAAUGCUGGAAAAGCAAAGGGUCGUGAUUGAUAUUUCCAUGGUUAUUGAAAAUUGCCGGCUUAAAAUGAACCAGACAUUUGAAGGAAACCGUACGAGCAUUAAUCGUAUCGAAAAUCCGCAGAUACUACCCUCUCCCCAAAGAGAACCGCCAGAUUCAAACUUUAAAAUUUCUACUUCAUCCAGCUUGGUCAAUGUAACUAACACAAACUGUUGCAACGAACAAGCCAUCGAAAAAAGUGCAUCUCUUCCUCACGUCCUCCCAUUCUCUGCUGAAAACACGGCCUUACCAAAGGCCAUCAUUGGUCCGCCACCAGACGUCUUAAUGACAACGGAUACAGCCACUGGUUUCAAGCCGUUAACAAGCGAAGCUGCGAUUCAGACUUCGUUGUUCGAAUCGGAGCCCCCACUUCGUGAGCUGACUGCGCGUAACCGAUCCAUUCAAUCAUCUCAUUUUGUACCUGAUUUAGGGAAAAAGCCUUGUAGUUCAAAGUUCUCUCUGGAUAAAGGAUGCCUUACAGAUGAAAUUGUUGAGGAACUCGCGACUCGAGAAGCCCUUGCGAUUUUAAAAUCUUACUUCCCGACUAAGGAAACGGGGGAUCUUGCAGACAUAUUGAAGCAAUGUAACGGUGACUUGACAUGGGCCGUGAACGUGCUGCUAGAUUCGGGAUACGAGUGCGCGAACGAAGUCUCAAAUUAUUUAGAUCUGGAAAUCGAUAUCGAUCCAUCUGAAGAAACACCGAAUCCCGACAACAUCGUUGCAAAAUCGUGUAACGAAACCAUAGAAAAUGUUUCCCAACAAGCUAAAGAAGAAGAAACAAAUUCUGUGACGUCUUCUGAGACAUCCCAACAAUCUCUUUCGACUGCAUCAGCAACAUCUGAGGAGACGGAGAGUGUAAGGAAACACAUAGAAGAUUGCUUUCAAUUAACUGAUACCAUUAGCGAACAGACCCGCCGAAUAUGCGGCAAAGAUUAUAAUCAGUUCAGAGCAUCUCAACUUCAGAAGUACCGACAUGGUCAUAAUCAAGUCUCUGACAUUAUUUCUACAUCAAACAGCUCAGGAAGUUUAUCUUCUUUUGAAAAUCAACCCAAAAAUGAAGCUACGAAUUUAUUGUGUUUUGCUAGUUUUCCUUCACUGGGAGAACAGCCAACAAAUGGAACCGAUUGUCGGAUCGAUCCAAAUGGUAUUGAAAACAUAUUGGGCGUGGAUCUGCUUCAACCGUUUCCUGUGGUUAGUCCUCCUUUAUUGGAGGAGGAAGUAAAGGUGGAGUCUGGACCUAUGAUUCCCAUGACUUUGGAUCCUUCAUUUGUCCAGCAGUUAAUUAAAUUGUUUGGUGUUCCUGAUUUGAAAGCAAAACGACCAUUAUCUGCCAAUCAGUCGAAUCCCGUCAGCUUCGAUAUCCCUUGGUCGUUAGCCGAACAGAUUUAUUUGCACUGGUGCUCCAGCUUAAUAAGUAAGGAUGAGGAAUUGGCAACCGCUACUGCAGAUAAUGGAGAGCUACAGAAUAUUAUGGACUUUGAGCUCGCUAUGCAAUUGGUACAAGAUGAGAGAAAUGCAGAACGAAAAGAAUUACGCGAAAGCCUAUCCACCAAAAUAUCAUUUCAGAUGUUGCAGGAAAAUUAUCCUAAUGUCGAUCCACUGGCACUUGACGCUUUGUUCGAAGCGAAUAACUACAAUUACUCUCAUACUGUAACAGCCUUAAAUGCUUCCCUGGGAACAAACCCACCACCAAAGACCCAAAUUAUUUCUGCCAACCCACCACCAGCUAGAGAAGAAACGCAACCAAAAACACCGAACCGCGAAGCCAAAUCGUCACCACAGGAAUCACGUAAUUUGCGAACAGAAGCUUUUCUCUAUAACAAACUGCGACAACAGUAUUCUGCUCAAGCCCAAGAAUAUCAUCAAAGGGGCAUGUCCGCGGCAGCCAUGUAUUACUCCAGCGAGAGUCGGCGCUAUGCAGAAUUGUAUAAAAAAUGCAAUCAGCAGGCAGCUUUACAAAUAGUGGAAGAAAAAAAUGCUCACCAAGACGAACGGACUAUUGACUUGCACGAGUUGCAUGUCGUUGAAGCUUUAACGUGCUUGGAAUCCUUCAUAGUUGAAAAUAUCCGAGAGGGAAGAACUGUAAUUCAAGUGAUAACAGGCAGAGGAAAUAACAGUCAAAAUGGCAAACCACGAAUUAAACCAGCAGUUGUUACGUUCCUUCGGCAGAAGAAAUAUGGGUUUGAACAGGUUAAUCCUGGAUGUCUACGCGUAUUCCUCUCUCGCUCGACGACACGCUGAGUUCCGUCAUUUAAAAAACUCAUCCUUCCAAUGAAGUACAAACAAAACAUAUUCAAUCAUUUUUAGAUGCUACUCUUUAGUGAGUCGCAUUCCCUGAAAAGGAUUCAAGGUUUUUUUUUUACUGAUCUUUAAACUUUGGGACAAUACGUUUUUUUUAUUCGUAAACCAUGAUUUAAUGGUGAUAUAAUUAGAUAUUUUCGUAAUGGAGCAUAUAAUUAUAUCCAUUUUUCCACAA